AAAAUUCAAGUGGUGCAAGCUGACAAAGAUUCUUGCUCUGAACCUGAAUUAUCUGACAAAGAUUCUUGCUCUGAACCUGAAUUAUCUGACAAAGAUUCUUGCUCUGAACCUGAAUUAUCUGACAAAGAUUUUGAGCAUGAUGUAACUGAAAAAACAACCAAACUGGGGCCCGAAACUUUCCGUUUCACAGAAGACGUUGAAGCUGAAGCUGUAAAACAGAAUGAGAAGUAUUACAUAGAGAGACCAGAGACUGUUGAAACUUACUUUUACCUGUGGAGACUCACACAUGAUCCAAUAUACCGUGACUGGGGCUGGGAAACUGCUCAAGCUAUUGAGAAACACUGCCGUGUGGAAGGUGGAUAUACCGGACUUAAAAAUGUUUAUCUUCUAGACGGACCAAAGGACGACGUCCAGCAGAGCUACUUUCUGGCUGAGACUCUAAAGUAUCUGUAUCUCCUAUUUUCUGAUGACAGUCUUCUACCACUGGAUCAUUGGGUGUUUAACACAGAAGCCCAUCCCUUUCCAAUUAAACAGAAUGCCCAAAGUACUUAGAUUCUUUGUCUGAAAAAAGGUCUCUCUAUUUCUUGGAACAUUUAUCUGUUUGUCAGUACUACUGACUACUGUUUGACAUAUAUAGUCUUUUACAUACCAUGGUUUGUUGUUGGGAUAAUUGAUUAUCACUUUUUAAGAGAUAAGUCUGCAAAAAUAUACAAUUUAUUUUUAAUGUAUAUAAAUUCUGUAAAAGUUUGUGAUGUCAUAUUAAUUGUUAAUAAGUUGUGGUUAUUCUCUAUGCUCACGACUAUUAUGCCAGUUAUCUAUGUUCUGUGAGAGAAAAAAUACAUGAUGCGAACUGGUACAGUUCAAUACAUAAUAUGAAAUAGUAUAGUUUAUCAGAAGAUAGUAUAAUAUAGAUUUUGAAAAGUGACACGUUUCAGUAUGUACACAAGUAUGAUAUAGAUUUUGAAAAGUGACACGUUUCAGUAUGUACACAAGUAUGAUAUAGAUUUUGAAAAGUGACACGUUUCAGUAUGUACACAAGUAUGAUAUAGAUUUUGAAAAGUGACACAUUUCACUUUGUACACAAGUAUGAUAUAGAUUUUGAAAAGUGACACGUUUCACUUUGUACACAAGUAUGAUAUAGAUUUUGAAAAGUGACACGUUUCACUUUGUACACAAGUAUGAUAUAGAUUUUGAAAAGUGACACCUUUCAGUAUGUACACAAGUAUGACAGGUUUUGAAAAAUGAUAUAUGUUUCAGUAUGUACACACGUGUGACAAUGAUUUUGAUAUUUUUUUGUGAGUACUUAAGAUAUAAAAAUGGAUUUUUAAGAUUAAUUGUUAAAGAUAUGUAUUAUAAUUUUAUUAUUAUAUCGAUCUCUAUUUGUCUAUGUGAAUAUGUAGAUAGCAUAAUAUAUAUAAAAGUUUUAAAUGAAUGACAUAAAUAUCGUACUUGUUUCAGACAAGUUUUGUUAGUAAAUUU